CCAACCAAAAAGUGAUUUUACAUGUAUAUCUACAAUUAGAAAACCAAAAAGGAAAUGGAAAAUGUAGAUUGACAAAUCUUAUAAGAACCCCAUUCAUAUUUGCAAUUAUUUGGUAGAAUGGAAGACUGGGGGGAUGAGAGAGAGCAAUGCUCUGCUCACCCAAGGCAGGUGAUAGUAGGGGUGUGCCCCCAUUGUUUGAAAGAAAGGCUCCUAGUUUUGGCAUCCCAACAAAGGCAUUCUACCCUUCCUAAGGGUGCUUUCAGGCCACAAAGAAUCCUACAAAGGAAGGCUCAUACCCUCCAUAAAGUCUUCGCCUUGGCCUCGUUCCUCCACCGCCCCGAGUUCCUGCAACAAAAAAAUGAUGAUUCUGAUGAGGAUGCAUGCACAAGCCAUGACGAUUCUUACAUAUCCAUCAAGUUUGAGGGCAAUGGCCUUGCUACAUGGGAUCACAAAGUGGACUCUUGGGAGGGUGUGAAGGCUUCUUCCUUGAGCCAUCAAAAGGAGAGUGUGGGGCCCAAGAGUGUUGUGGAGCACGGAAAGACACGCGGGAAUCUGAGGUGGCGGAAGCGGAUUGCCCAUCUGUUCCAGCUCACCAGAUGGAAGCGGUCCAGCAAGACGGCCGCAUGCCACAUCAGCAAAGGGGAAGUGGGAAAGGGAAGGAGGAGUUGGUUAAGAAGCCUCACCAGAAAGAGGAGCAUGGAAUGAGAGAGACAAGAAAUAGAAUAGGCAGAUAGAAAGGAAGAAUCAACACUCUUGUUCUUUUGCUAAGUUAAUGACACUCCUUUUUUUUUUUCUCUUCUUAUUUUCUUUAUUUCUUUUGGGAAUGUAAAGCUACAAUUAGAGAAACCCAACCUUUUGCUAUUAAAAAUAAAAAAAACAAAAUAUUUUUUUUUC